UUCUUUUGUAUUUCAAUCAGAAGAGUACCAAAAACAGAAGGUCAAAAAAAAACAAGAAAAAAAAAAACUUUAAUCAAUAUGGUUAAGUUCCAAGUUGUUAGGGUUUCAUGCAUAGCAGUGCUUAUAAUGUCCAUCUUGGUUGGUGUUCCUGAGGCGAAUGCAGCAUCGGCAAUAACAUGUGAGCAGGUGACAAUCUGGCUGACCCCUUGCAUUGGGUAUGGAGUCUUCGGAGGGGUGGUGCCAAACGCUUGCUGUUCGGGGAUCAAAGCACUGGAUGCUGCCGCUAAGACCGCAGAAGAUCGUAGGACCAAAUGCCAGUGUGUCAAGGAAGGCGCCGCCAGGAUCCCCGGACUCAACUACGACAGAGUUAACACCCUCCCCGACAUAUGUGGGACUACUUGUCCUUACAAGCUUAGCCCCACCCUUGACUGCUCAAAGGUCAACUGAAUGAAAUUCGACAACCCUCCCUAUACCUACAAGGAAAUUAAAGCAGAGUACGUACCUGAAUAAAGUUUACGGAAGCUCACACUCGUUGACGCAUUUGAUUGAGUGUACUAGAGAGAGUUCAAUAAACAUUUACUUACUCUUUUUUUUUUUUUUUGUCUAAAUAAGAGGAGAUUAAUUAAAUGAUCUUACCCUUGAAAUACAAGUAUAAGAAUAAACUGCUUGUCUCUAA